AUGUCAAAAUAUAAAAUUGAUGAAGCAAAAAUAAGAAGCUCUGAUGCAUUUAAAAAUUUAUAAGAAGCCUACGAAAGCACUCUUCAAAUGAAGACUGAUUUAAUUCAUUCCAGAAUCUCUGCUGGUUUAAAUCAUGGACUUGCAAUAGGCUAUUUGAGUCAUUUAGGAGCAAAUCCUGAUAAAAACCAAUAUAUAGCGCCAACUUUAUUGGGAACGGGAAGCAAUUAAUAUGGUUAAUUAGGAAAAUAAGUGAAUACAGUCUAUACAAAUAAUUAAGAUAGAGAACGAUUUGAAAAGAUUUUUUUGGUUCAUAAUUAAGAAGAAUAUUAUCCUAUUUAAGUUUGCUGUGGCUACAGUUUUUCUUUAAUUUUGGCUAUUGAAGGUAAAAAUUUGUAAUGGUUGGAUAAACUAACAUAGGCUAAAGCUGAAAAAUAUGAAAAAUCAGAGUAUUAAAACAUUAAAUAAGAAAUGUUUUAGGAAUUAUUAAGCAAAACUAAAAUAUUCUUUGCUGGAGAGAUCGGCAUUCAUUAAGAAGACAAUCCAGCUAUAAUUAAAACUGAGAAAAAAAGGAAUUUUUUAAGACAUCCAACUAAACUCAAAACACGAAAUUUUGAUAGAAACGUUUUAAGAAUAGAUUUAGGUCAAAAAAAUCAUACUAUUGUUGAUAGUAAUUAGUAUUCAGAAAAUGAUGCACUGCUUGCUAACAAUCAAGUAAUUCUAGACAUAGAAGAGAAUAAUUAUUCUGACGAUGACGAAGACGAUGAUAAUGACACAAAAACUUUUACAAAUAGAGAACAAGAAAUAAAGCACGAAGAAAAAUAUUACAAAUACUGUAUCAGUGAUGUUGUUUAGUUACCUAAAGGAAUAGGGGGAAGAAAAACCUUUGUAGUUUAGAUCUGUUGUGGACUCAAUUUUUGUCUCAUUUUAACUUAUAAUUUCUAAGUCUUAGCAUGGGGAGAUAACUCCUAUGGUAAUAUAGGCACAGGUGAUUUGGAUUAUUAGGAGAAACCAAAAAUCAUUUAGUUUGAUGAAAACAAAGGAGAUGAUUCUAGAAUUUAAUUUAUCUCAUGUGGUGCAAAUCACUGUGCUGCAGUAUCACUUUCAGGAAAACUUUAUACAUGGGGAUAAGGUAUUUAAGGCUAGCUUGGUCACUAAAAUGUGAUGAACUUAAGUAUCCCUACAGCAGUAAAAAGUGAGUUGUAAGAAAAGAAGGUAGUUUACGUUUCUUGUGGCGGAGCUCAUACAGUUUGUUUGACAAACGAAGGAUAUGCCUAUUCAUUUGGAAAUAAUAAAAAUGGAUAGCUAGGAUUGGGUGACUAAGAGUAAAGAAAUGUUCCUGUGAAGAUACAAAAACUGUAGAAUUAUUUUAUAGUAAAUGUAGUCUGCGGUAUGAAUAAUACAUUUAUACUUACUUAGGUGGGUAAAAUAUUUGCUUGUGGAAGUAAUUAGCAUAAUAAACUAGGUUUGGAUCAGCUAUUUUAUUAAAAAGAUAAUUUUUUAAACCCUAUUGAUUUAGAUAUAAAUUUUUUGAAGGGUGUUAACAAUCCUAACUUAAAAGACGUUUAUAUCUACUAAAUAGCAGCCUCUCCACACUUUACCUAUGCACUAAGCAACUAAGGUUUGCUAACUACUUGGGGAUUGUAAGUAAAUGAUUGUCUUGGAAGAAGCAUAGAUAACUACAUUUCGGAAAAAAUGAAAAAUUUGAGUAAGAAUCGUACAAAUAUGCUGAUUCCUUGCUCUACUAAAUUUAGGAAUUAAAUAGAUUCGUAUACUACUUAUCAUAAAUUUUAUUAUCCGAUUCAGAACUCUACAAUAUUUAGGGCAAGUGAAAAGGAUUUUAUCUCAAACGAUAUUGUUGAUAUUGAGUUAGGUGUCUUUCAUACUAUGGCUCUAACUAAUGCAGGAGAAAUCUAUGUAUGGGGAAGCAACCAAAUGUGUCAGCAUGGAUGCAUAAGUAAUAUUAUAAGACAGGAAUAUGAUGAAUCAAACGAGAAAAACAUCAACAUUAUAUAAAAUGAUAUAUCAAAAGAAACUCUUCCUUCAGUCGUAUCAUUCUUUAACAUCAAGGAAAAUAGACGUAUAACUUAUAUUGCAGCUGGAUACGAAUAUUGCAUGGCUAUAGAAAAUAAACGUUUGGUUUAUGCAUGGGGACGUAAUACUGAUGGAUAGUUAGGAAUAGGAAAAACUCAAUAUUAUGUUGAAUCUCCUCAAAUGGUACUUGGUUUAGAAGGAAAUUUAAUGAAAGCUAUUGCUUGUGGAGAAAAUCAUACUCUUUUUUUAACUGAUACUGGGUAAGUUUACUCUUGUGGGUCAAGCAAAGAUGGAAAAUUAGGGUUAGGUAACAGGACAAACACUUAGCUUUAACCACAAUUGAUUACCAAUUUAUCAAAAGUAGAGUAAAUUUCUUGCGGUUAAUCUCAUUCUAUGGCUUUAGCUUAAGAUGAUUUCUUUAAAUAAGAUGAUGACGAGGAGCAUGCAAGAUAGAUAAACGUUAAAAUGGUAGUUUAUACAUGGGGAAAUGCAUGGGAAAGUAAACUUGGACAUGGAGAUAGAGAAAAUUUAUAUGAACCAACAAAAAUUCAAUCAAAUUAUUUAUUUAAAUACAUAUCUGCAGGAUCUCACCAUAGUGCUGCACUAACUACAGAUGAUAAUCUUGUUGUGUGGGGACCAUACAAAUAUUUUGGUCAUACAAAACCUGAUGAGAAUAUAAAAGGAAAAAAAGUUAUUACAACCCAGCACGAAUAUCAUGAAUUUAUGAAGCCCACUCUCCAUCCAAAAAUAACUGAAAAAGUGAGACAUGUAUGUCUUGGUGACAAAACUACUUUUAUAGUGGCUAAAAAAGACAAUAAAAUAUAUCAGUAUGGAAUAUUUGAAACAGAUUUCAAAGAGUUGUUAAAAAUUCAUAAAAAUAACAACGAACACAUUCUUGAAAAAAUAUUACCUUUUAGAGGAGGUACAGGAGAUCAGGAAUACUAUGAAGUACCUGUGAAUGAAAUUAAAAAAAUUGCUGUUUCUAAAGAUCAUGUUGCCGUCAUUGGCAAAAACUAAGUUUACACUUGGGGCUAUGACAAUUUAACUGGAAGAUUAGGACAUGGAUACAUGUUUAAAGAUACAAAUAAAAAUCAAAUCGAAAACAUUCAAAAUGAGGAAUAGGCUGAAGCUGAUUAGCGCUAGAAACCUUAACAUGAUUUAACUAAAAAACUGGAAAAGCCUGAAUAUUGUAAUUAUAUCAACAAAUAUCUUCAAGAGCAGCUUAAAAUAUUUCAAAAAAAGCAAUAGCAAGGAAAUGAAGAAGCAGAAGAAGAAGGAGAGAAAUCAAGUGAUGACGACUCUGACCCAAGAGCAGAUGAAGAAAAAGGUUUCGAAGAUUAAAAUAGAGAAGAUAAAAAAUCUUCAAAACAAUAUACUUAGAUUAGAUCAAUGUAAGGAACUAAAGUUAAUACUGUAAAAUCAGUAACUGUGAUCAGCAGCGCAACUCACGAUAACAGAUAACAAACUUAAUUUUUUAACAGAGACAAUCAAAAUAGAUAAAACACAAUGAGAUCAAAGAAAGCUUUGACCAUUGUACAAAAUUAGAACAUUUUUUUAAUAAACAAUAAAUAAAACAACCAACAAUUAUACGAAUAGUUUUUCUAAAAUCCUUUAAAUGUGAAAUCUACUUAUGAAAAAUUAACUGCAAGAGAUAAACCUGACCUCUACUCAAUAUUAUCAGAAUAGUAUGGGCUUUUAAAUGAAGAACGUAUUCUUUAUGUAUAUGAUAAAGUUACUGCUCUUUAAGGAGAAAUAUUUUUGAGAUACUAAAUUUGCUAGUAGCACUUGAACCAUAACAAGGCUUUCAAAAGAGCAGCUUAGUCUUAAGUUUUAAAAAGAAUUGCUAGUUAGCCUUUCAAUAUUUCUUAUUCUGAAAAAAAUAGUAAUAUUUUGCUCAAGUAGGACUAAUAUUAGCCUUUUUUGUCUAAUAAAUUUUAUUAUAAAAAGCUAUUCACUUUAAUGCAACUUCAUCCAUGCUAUUUGAUUAAAAUAUAUGAGAAGAAAAUGGAUAAAGAUUAGUUUAUCUAAUUAGUCAAAGAGACGUUUGGGGAAUUAGAAAAUAGUGCAAGGAAAUAGAGACUGUAUACUGAGUUAUGUAAAAAAAUAUUAUAUAUUGACUUAAAGGAGAAUAACAGCAUAAAGGAUUCUCGUAAGCCUCUAGUUUUGAAUACAGAUAAAAAUAGUUCUUUCAGUUAUGUGUUUGUUAAAUUAUUUAUUCAUUUUUAUGAGAGUAUGUCUGAUUUAAUUUAGCUGAAUAGAAAGUUUAGAUUAAAAGUUGUUAAGACUUUAGAAGAUUUAAUUCAAACUAAUUCUUCAAAAUAUCAAGUAUCUGAAGACUUAUUUGUUUUAGAUAGAAAGCAUAUUGCUGAAAGUGGUGAUUAUUAUAAAACUGAUGAAUAAAUAAAAGAACAGCUUGACAGAAACUAAUAUUCUGUGAAAGAGUAUUUGUAGCAUUUCUUUAAAGAUAGAGAUUUCUUAUAAGCAGCAAGUAGUUAAAAAGUUAUUAUGUGUGAAAAGUUAAGAGAGCUUAUAGGUUUUGCGAUUGAAUAUAUCCAAUAGAAAAGACCUUUUGAAAUUAUUGAAAACAUUUAGUACUGUAUUUUAGGAAUUAUAUUUUAGAGUAUGUUAGAUAGUUGCUAAAGCUUAUACUCCAACUAAAAUGGAAGCAAUUUCGAGUGGAUUAUCAAAGCUAUUAAAAUGUAUAUCUUUCUAGAUGAAAAGGAUAAAAAGAAUUAGGAUAUAAAUAUCUUCAUAGAAUACAUAAAGUAGUAAGAUGAUGAAAGAAGCAAAAUAUACGAACUAUUAGUUGGAAAGUCUUUGCCUAAAAAAUAAAUAUCAUAUUAUAAUUUUAUCUAAGAUAUUUACAGUCAUUCUAUUGAGAACUAAGACGAUUAUGCCUUAAUAUCACUGAGCACUCUAGAAAAGUUAACAAAAUUUGUCUAAAGAGUGAAUAUUCAAUUCAAUCCUAAAGAAGAAGAGGAUUUCUUUUUCAAAUGUUGCAAAAGUCUUAAAGAUGAGUAACCUAAUUUUGUUACGUCAACUGUAGAAAAGUAGCAUGAACAAUUAAAAGUUAAAAUAAAACUAGAAACUAGACAAUUAUUUUACUCAUCUAACCAAUUUUUAAAAAAAUGCAGUGAUUGUGAAACAGUCUUGCAAAGAGAUUUCUUAAGAAGUCAUGAUAUGGAUGUAAAAGAAUAGUUUUAAAUGUUUAAUCCUUCGAGUUUAGAAUCUUGCAUAGUGAAAUUGGUGCAAGUGAUAACCAAGUAAAAUUAUGAUGAUUUAUUAGCUGGAAAGCAGUAAAUUCAGCAUUUGUGUGGUAAAUUUAUUGCUAAGUUAUAGAAUAAGGCUAAUAAAGAUGGAAAAAAUUUGGUUUAAAAUAUUUAAAUUGUUAAAAAUUUUAGUAAAGCAUUCGAAAAUGCUUACGAAUUAGAAUAUUCUAAUGAGAGUCAAUCAGAAAAACUGAUUAUCCCUUCUGAUUUAAGCAAGCAAGUUCUUAAAAGUUUAAUAAACAGAAUUGAUAACUAGAUUAAUCAAGUUGUUAAAUAUUACAAUAAAAUGGAAACUCUCUAUAGAGUUUAUUUUAGCAUCAAAACAGUUCUAGAUAAAUUCAUUUCAAAUGUAGAUAUAGCAAAAUCUUAGCAAUUUAAAAUAAUCACAAACAGCUACUACGGCAUAGCGAAUAGAGAUUUAGAAAAGGUUAUUGAGAGAGACCCAAUAGCUAUUACCAGCAAAAUUUCGGCUUCAAUUCACGGGAUGGAUCUAAGUACUUUUCUUUAUGAAAACAUAGACGUCUUUUCUAAUAAAAAGCUUAAUAAUAUCAAGGAUGAUUAUUAGAAAAAUAAAAUUAAAGACCAUUUCAUAUAACUAAAUAUGUUUGGAGAAUAUUCAAUUUAUUAGCUUAAGUAAAAGGGAGUUAUAAAAUCUAUAGAUGAUGAAGUAGUAGAUAUACUUAAGACUUAUUUACCAAAUAAAAAUAGUCUUAAAUCGAAAAAAAAAUAAAAGAAAGAUAUCAAAUCAGAUAUCGAGAAGUGCUUGUUUUAUAUUUUUAAUGACUAUGGAAAUAAAUAUGUGAGUGUAGAUGUAGUAUAUAAAGGCGGAGAAAUUAGUAUUUUGACUAUUCUAUGUGGAUUAAAAGGAAGCAAAGAACUUAGAAUAGAUCACUUUAGAAUUGAUAGAGAUACUAUCCUUUCUCUAAGAAAAUAGCGAAUCAGAGAAGACAUUUCAAAAUAAACGAUUAAAUUUGGAUUCACUACUUUUUAGAAGAGUUAAUUGCUAAAAUUAUUAGAAAAAAUGGAGGAUCAUUACAGUGUUUAUGAAUAUAUUUAUUCAAGCAAUAAUUGUACUGUAUGA